CACUGUCAAACGAAUCUGUUCGUUAACUGCUAAAAUAUGGCGGAUGAAAUUGUGUUCAUACAUCGUAUAUGAAUAUUUUUUAAUUUCUCUUUCCAAGUUUUUAGUCCGUGUAUUAAAUAGUAUUAGUGGUUCAAUAUCGAGUUGUUAUUGAUGUGUUUAUUAGCUGAUCCCAAAUGAGUGACGACACCGAUGAUGAUGUCCCUUUAGGACAACCUAGUUCGCGACGGAAAGUUGUAAAACGAAAAAUAAGUAGUGAUUCUUCGACUAGCAGUAACAAUGAUGAUAGUCCUAUUUUAAGGACGAAGAAAAAUGCAAGAAACAGGAUUGUUUCAGAUUCUGAUAGCGAUAGCAGUGACAACUUCUCUAGAUACUCUAGAAAGAGGAAGAAAGUAGCGCUGAUUACAAGCGAUUCCGAAGAUGAUUCAGAUGGCUCUGACUUGCUAAUAAUAAGAAAAUCGAAAAGGGUAGCAAAUAUAGUUGACAGUGAUACUGAAGAUCAAGGAUUUAAAUGUUCUUCUAGCCAGUGGGAGACAGAUCAGUCUGAUAAUGAAGAAAAUAUUGUAAAGAAUGGAAAUAAUACUGAAUCGCUUCCAAGUAAAAAUGAAAAAUACUCGUCUGAUUCAGACAGCAGUGAGAGGAGGAGAAUGGAAGAAUGCACUAUUUGUUUGUUACCUAUUGAUAAACAAGAAGUGGGUAACCCAGAGUCAUGUAAUCAUUUAUUCUGUUUGGCAUGUAUAUUGGAAUGGUCGAAAAACGUUAAUACUUGUCCCAUAGACCGGCAGGAGUACCGAAUGAUUUUCAUUAAGAAUAGAUUCAAUGGGAAUAUUAUGGGAAAAAUUCCUAUAGAAAGGCCACGUCCACCUGAAGAACCUCAAGAAGAUCCCAUCCUCUGUGAAAUAUGCGGUUUGGGUGAUAGAGAAGACCGUCUUCUUCUUUGCGAUGGCUGCGAUCUAGGUUUUCAUCUAGAAUGUCUGAUGCCGGAAAUGAAUGAAAUUCCAGAGGGUUCAUGGUACUGUAAUGUUUGCGCGCCCUCUGAAUCUGUCAACUUAGGAGUCUUUGAAACUUCAUCUCCGGACCUCCUUAACGUCUUCACGAACGAAGAUUUAGUUAGGAUACUCAGGCCACCUAGAAGAAGAGAUACUAGAUUGAAUCCGCGUUCAAGCCAGACAGAAAGAAUCAUAUCUCGAAUAGCUAACCAUAGAUCUUCAAUACAACAAGUAACUGAGCAGUUAGCAUUGCCUAGCAGUUCAUCGAUGACAACAGAGGUUCCAAGAAGACAAAAUGUAACGAGAAAAAAACCCAAGAAAUCAAAGAAAAGAACGUACAGAAGGAAAUACAGAAUGGUUUACGAAAUCGAUGAGCUUACCGGUGAUGUGAUAUCCAAGAAAAAGCAAGUACGGGUGAGGAAAGGAAGAAGGAGAAAUAGGCGAAACCAGGCGGCAACUCACAAGCCUGCUAAAACUGUUAAAAAGAGGCUGGCCCAGCAGUUGGGAAUAUGCCCGAUGAGAUUGCCCAAUCAAAGUUUGCCGGAUGUUAGGGUUCCGAAUAAUAGUAACGCCGGUUUGAAUAAUCAGAGAUUCCAAGCAGGAAUUCCUACACUUCAUUUGUUCGGACAAAGAGACGAAAUCGAUUAUUUUUCUGCUUCGGAGGAAGAGGAUGUUGGUGGACCAGAUUAUUUGCUACGCAGACGUGCCCAUCAUGGGGACGUUGCCCUUUUCAGGAGGCAAGCUAGAAGGAAAGGUGUGGCUCUUCCACAAAUCUCCUCUGUACCAACACCUUCCAGUACGUUAGAUCUUCUCGGUAGUAUAAUGAACAGCCAAAGUCAGUUGUUCUCCAAGGACGUGAAGCUAUCCGUCGACAAUUCCGGUAAAUUGAAGAUUGAAAAUACACAUAAAAAUACUGCGAAUACUAAUAAUAACAAGCCCGAUUUGAAAAACUUCGACGAUAAAACCAAAAAAACUCCAUUCGGUGGGAACAACCGGAAUAAUGAGAGAAGGAACAACCAACAGCCAUACACGAAUCCUCCGUAUCAAGGUAGUUCCUACUAUCCCUACGAUAACUAUGCGUCAUCAACCAGCGAGAGCUUCAGGUCGUAUUCCAACUCUCAGGGAAACAGGACCAAUAGCAGCGGCGGCGGUGGUUACGACCAAGAUAUGCCUCAAGACUACACGCAAAGUACGCUAUCUAGCUACGAUCGUGAUGUCGAUUCCGAAAACUCACAGAGGAACGAACAGAGCGAAGACUCCGAUAUCGACAUAUAUAGCGACAUUGAAGAAUCGGUGAGCACAACAAAAAUAGAGGAAGAAGGUGCUUUGAAACCACUGAACCUCGCCCCUUCUGUGGUUCCCGACGCAGUAACCGUAAGUAACAACGGUUCCGAUUUCGAUAACGAGAACAACGACAGUGAGGACGAGAUGGUCAUCGAUACGGAAAAAGUUGAGACGCCCACUCAGGAUGAAGAAGAAGAUGCAGUCAAAGAAGAAACGGCUGUCAGUUCUAGUGAAGAUACGGUCGUUACUUCUAAUGUGCCGCCGGAGACGGCAGUCGGACUUCAUUCGACGUCUGACAAUCAACCGGACGGUGUCGAAUCGACGUUCGACAGGAGCAGAGAAGAAGAGGAUGACGAUGAUGAAGAUGGCUGUCCUAACUUUAACAUAUAUUCGACUGAGAGCAUUAAUCUGGCGAAAAAUACUGAUAUCUCGUUGAAUCCGGAAGAGAACAAUCAAGUUGUCAGCUCUACCCCAUUACCUGAACCUCCGAAACCCCCUCCAGGUCUACUGUUCGGCAAUGAUGACGUGUUCGACACGGAAGAAGGUACUUACGAUCCGGAAGCUGCCUAUAAUUCGGAAAAGGAGUCCGAGGCGCCCCCUGAGGAAGUCUACGACCCAGAACGUGUAUAUGACACUCCCGAAGACACCUUAGAACAGGAAAGUAAAAAUGAAUCUGAUUGUGAAAGAAAAGAAGAAAGUUCUAACGAAAUACCCGAAAACAGUGAAAUCCCACCAGUAGAAAGUGUUGAAGAUGAUUCGUCUGUGAGUGCGCCUGCUGAAAUGAAAGAACAAACGGAUGAUAUAGAAGAACAACAAGCUGAAGAAACGGAUGAUAUAGAAGAACAACAAGCUGAACAAACUCCACCUGUAAACGUUAAAGAGUCGAAACCGAAAAAUACAAAUGCUCUGUACAGUGAUUCCGAAGAUGAGGAAAUUGUUAAAAUUAGUCAAAACAGUUUUAUAGUGGGAGAUAUCAGCACUUUGACUGAAGACGUUAGCGAGGAGGAGAGAAGUUACACUCCUUGUCUCGAUGAAAAAGCAACGGAUAGAAGCAAAGCACUCGAAGAUUUGGGCACGGAGAUGAUAUCUGAUGAUGAAAAAAACGAUUUCGAUGAAUCUCAUGAACAUAAAACAGCAUCAGAAGGUGAUGCUUUAGAAAUCAACGCAAAAGAAUCAGAAAUUGACAUGAUACGACCCGAAGAUUACGAAGAAGGUGAAAUAGUUGAUAAAUCGAAAGCUAAAAAAGGCAAACAGGAGGAAAAAUCAAAUGAAAACGAUAAAAGAGCAGCAUCUCCCAAGCCGGACAAAGUUGAUUCUGAUAAAAAUAAAAACAAUAAAAAAUCAGAUAAGAAAAAUGAUUCAAGGGAAAAACAGGAAUCUUUCAAAAAGCUGAGCAAAAGCAACAAAGAAAGAAACUAUAGAGAUAAAGAAGGUGGAGGAAAUGCAUCAAGGUCUAAAGAAGAUAACAGUAAAAACAAAGAAAGGGAAAAAAGAAAGGAUAAAAGAAAAGAAAUUGAAAGGUAUGACGUUCGAGCCUUGAUUGCAGAAAAACCGAGACGUCUCAAAGAUAAAUUCGGAAGGGACAUCAGAAAGUCUUCCUCGCGGUCCAGAAGUAGGAGUUACACUCCUAAAAACUCUCCUGAGAGACGUACUCCUCCUAAAAGGCGGCUAUCUACAGAAUCCAGAGAAAGGAAAAGAAAAAAGCGGAGCAGGUCAAGAAGGAGAUCAUCUGAAUCUAGAUCGAAGUCUGGACAACGUAAAAGAUCGUUGUCAAGAUCCAGAAGGCGACGUUCAAGAAGUAGAUCCAAGAGAAGAGUGGUGGAGAAGAAGAAGUCGAAAGAUCGUUCCAAGAGAAGGAAGCGCGUCAGAAGUACAAGCAGAACUUACACACCCUCUAGAAAACGAAGGAAGGAUUGGGAAGAACGGUAUUCUAGGGAGAGGGGCUAUUCGGCUGAGGCCAGAUGGACGCCAUCUUUGAGUAGGUCUCCAGAAAUAGAGCCUGCUAGACAUCUUACACCUAGCUGGACUCCGCCAAGAACGUUGGAGUCGGCAGCGGUCGAUCCUAGAGGAUUGACAGUUAUACUCCAGAAUGAUCAAAACAAAAAGAAAAAGGAUAAAAGGAAGAAGAACGGGAAAAAAGGAAGGGAGGUGGAAAAACGGAACAAGCGAAAAAAGAAGGAUCAAACGCCCCAACCGUCGAAAGAAGUGUUCGCUUCGGGCGAUAAUAUACUGGUGAGCGUCAGUUUCAACAAGGAAAAUGAAAGACGCGAAAGGGACGUGUUUACGAAGAAAAAGAAAGAUAUUGACGACCGCGAGAAAAAGAAGAGAACGAUAAGACGUAAGAAACGGAAUCAGGAAUUGUCGACCAUAAAACCCGUGGCCAUAAUCGACUUGGAGAGGUCACCGUUCCGGGAACUCACGCCUUCGCCAAAGGAUAUCAUAGUUUUAUCCGACGAAGAUCACGUGGAGAAUAACGUAGCGGACGCCCAAGACGCCUGCGAUUCGUCGCAACAGGUGGCCAGCCCGGAAAACGUACCGGUGUACAUGACAGGUCCCAAAACACCUCCGGAGCCUCAGGUGAAGUUCUCGAUACCGUCGAAACAGCCCACGAUGCGACCGCUGGCUAGCAAUCCGUUGCACGAUCCAGAAGACGAGAUCCAGGAAGAGCAGGAGGAGGAAGACCAGGAGAUGCGCGAGAUGGAGGAUACUCACAUCGGUCCCAACACGCCUCCGGAACCACCGAACAGUCCGCCAAGCUCACCAGACGCGUAUGAUCCGUUUGAACCUACCAAAUCGAGAUCACCGUCACCGGACAAGUCUAAAGCGGCCGUCGAUGAGGGCGAGAAGAGGAACAGUAUCAACGACCUGUCUGGAGAUAAGAGCACGGUGAUACCUUCCUUGACACCGCCUAUAGCGGACAUACAACCGGCGGACUCGCAGAGUAGCCUUCUAGUUUCCAGAGAUUCCAGCAAGUCGCCCGAUCAAGUCGGCAGGUCGAAUCUGCAGUCGGCCAAUAAGGCAGUUACCGUUCAGUCUUUCGCGCCUGCGGCCAUUGCUCUGACUUCAACCCCUAUUCCUUCCAACACCGGGGCGCAGAGGAUUAACAUCUUAAGUUCCACCAUUUUAGGGAACGUUUCUUCCACGAUCCCCCAGAGGGUAGUGUUGCCCAACGUUAAACUUAGCCCGGUUAAGAUAUCACCGGUGAAGAAUGUGGUCAAGUCGACUCCCAUCAAGCCGAUGCCCAGCAAGAUGAGCAGCAAUCUGACCUUGAACAAGUCGAAGGGCAAACAGCAGAACGGGGGUAACGAGUCGAGUGAAGUGAUCAGUUUGGACUUCGAUUCUCCUUAUUCUCCCGGUUCCAGUGAUUACGAAGAUCUGUUUGAACCGCCACCAGAAGUCGUGACGAAGAAGUCUUUGAACAAGUCGGCGCCGGCGGCGGUCGGCAAAGACAGUGUCGGCAAGCCGAAGGGGGCGUUCGAUUCGCUGUUCGAGACCCCAAUGAACAAAAUGAAGAAAAUGAGCUUGGAUAAAUCUUCGAAAUCGAAGAAAUCUAAAGGAACUAAGAUUGUUGGAGUUAAACUUGAUGAGGACCACCUGAAAAUUCUUGAUGAUUUACCAAACUCUGCUGUUGAAAUGCAGGUUAAAGAUAAGUUCUUGAAAAAGCUGAAUCGACAAGAGAGGGUAGUUGAAGAAGUUAAACUCGUCCUUAAGCCCUAUUAUAAUAAGAAAAAGAUUGACAAAGAAGAAUAUAAAGAUAUAAUGAGAAGAGCUGUUCCUAAGAUUUGCCACAAUAAAUCAGGUGAAAUAAAUCCAACAAGAAUAAAGAACUUGAUAGAAGCUUAUGUGAAAAAGAUUCGACAUGCCAAGCCCAAAGUUACUUCAAGUAGUUCAUACAAUCCAUUGAAGGGAUAGAAUAUAUUUUCCGAGAUUUCAUUUUAAAGAUUGUACAUAUAAUUUUUGAUGAGUAUUGAUAGAUUUUUAUCAGUGUAAUUAGAUUAUUUUUAUUUAUCAUGAAAACACAGUUUGUGAUAUCUAUUGUGUUCUCAGAAAAAUAUCUGAAAUAGUAUUGUUUUUGAGCAUACCAUUAUUUCAGUGAUACAGAGUAUCAAACUUAUUUAUAUUUCGUAUUGAUCAUUUCUUAAAAAGUUCAUAGUUAUUCCAUUUUGCAACCAAUAAUUCAUUUAAGUGCUAAAUCAUAUGAAAUGGCAAAUUGUGUGCAAUUUUUAUUUUUUGUAAUAGAAUGUAUGAAUGUGAAGCCUCUCAAAAAUGUGUUAUAUAACUGAACUCAAUAGGGAUGACUUAAUUAAAAAUUAAAAAACAAA